AUGGUAUUAAUUUCAAGAGACCUCAAACCCGAUAAUGUGUUGAUUGACAACAAUGAGGGAUGGAAUUUAUGUGACUUCGGUUUGUCUAAAGAAGUGGANCUCAAACCCGAUAAUGUGUUGAUUGACAACAAUGAGGGAUGGAAUUUAUGUGACUUCGGUUUGUCUAAAGAAGUGCAUGUAUUGAGUGAUGGAUACAAACAAAGUAGUGUUAAACACACCAAAGAUGUCGGAAAUGUUGACUAUCAGGCACCGGAAGCGCAGACCACUGAAUACAACCAUUUAAUAGAUAUUGGAUUCUAAUUUAGAAAUUAAUACUGAUUUGAAUCUAAGGAAUAAAUUAUCAAAAAUAAAUCAAAUAUUGGUUGAAAUGAGUGCUAAUAAGUGGUCAACGAAUGGAUCCACGGAUUGGAGACAACGACUCGAAUGUGGAGACAUUUUAAAUAAAUUAAUGCAUUUAUCGAUUGAACCGAUUGUCGAGAAAAACGA